AUGAUCCCUCCACCAGCCAGUGCAACGCCUAUUGAAUCGUUGCUGUUACAUAGUCCAGAUGUUUUUCAUCGAAGGCGGACACACAACUACAUGAACGAGGUUGAGGCGCAAAAUCAAGCAUCACAGGAUGAUAUCGUUAAAAGGGCACAAAGGCGAUUGACUGAACAAUCUACUUUCACCACUAUGUCUCCUCAGAUAUAUAAGAGACGUUGCUCGCUUACCACUGAUAUACCUACGGAAAAGCUUGGCUAUGGAUAUAGUGGUGACAAUAGUACAACUGAUUUCGGGUCUAGCGAGAAACCCACAGACGAUUCUGCCAAUGACAAAGAAGAUGCAUCUGAAAGUAACGAUGCUAGCACUAAUGAUGACGAUGAUACAGGAAAUGAGUCGUCUGUUUCCGCGAUGUAUUCCAAUAUCAUUGCAGGUCAACAAGGAGGAUCCAAACUAGGAAGCAAAGAAGGUCGGCUCAACUACGGAAAGUUGAAUGAGAGCUUUGCAUUUAGACCUCUUGACGAGGAAGAAAUAGGUGAUGAAGAGGAUGAUGAAAAUGAUGACCUUACCGAGACCAUGAGGAGAAGAAGAAAUUUGCUGAGGCGGAAAACGUCCUUCAAUUUUAAUGAAUACAAGACCGACAUGCUUCGGAGAAGCUUGAAGUGA